AAAGGAAGUAUGAAAUUAAUGAAUUGUUGUCUUUUAGAGAAGAUUUCUUUUUGUUAAUGACUAACAGUUAUAUUGCUGAUUGAGGGGUUAGUUUGUUUUUUGAGCGAGACUUCACUAAAUAUUUUGGUGGUAGCAAAGAUAUAAUUCUACAAAUAAUGAAAAGUAGUAUCAACAUUUAUAGAUAUUGAGAGAAGCACAGCCCACUGGUGAUCCUUUGUUGCCCAGUGGUGUCCAAAGAUCCAUGAAAUCAGCAAGGGAGUACUCGAAUGGAAAAGCCAGAAUAGGCAUGUGGGCGUGCAAGAGAAAGGAGAUACAGUCGUGAAGGAACUGGCUGGGAGGCUCCGAGGAUGGUGUGUGACUAUCAUUACGCCACUGAUGCUCCUGUUUUGUGUGUUUGGUUUUUUAAGGGGCCAAAGACUCUAGACCUUGAGGGAUUUUUCCUCUUUUGCACAAGGGACCCAAAAUCCUGGAGUGAGAAGUUUUCAGAGAUGUCUGCGAAGGUUUCUGAAAUGGAGAAAAUGCCAACAUCAUCAAAGGGUUACCUUGUGAAAACUGCCAAGAAGUUAUUAUCAAAGAUAAUAGAAUUCAAUCCAGAAGAAGAAAUUAAACUUCUGUGUAAGUUUGGAGCUUACCUUGAUUAUAAAGAACUCUCUGGAAAAGGACGUGGCAAAGUGGAAAAACAAAUCCUAAACUUAGGAAAAGAAUGGGAGACACAGGGAGAAGGAGAAAAAUCUAACCUCUGUAAAACAGAAGAACCUGGAUGUCUAUGUGGGGAAACCCCUCCUGCUCCUGACAGUGAUGGUAAAAUGAAUAAACGUCUUAAGAAGAACGUGAUACGGAAACAAAAAAAUCAGCUGAACUGUAUACAAAGAGAUUCUUGGAAGAAGCAGAACGUUUUUCUUCCAUGGGCCUUUAUCGUAAAGAAAAUAAACAAAGUUGUUCUUGGUACUGCAGUGGUGAAUGAUAAUCAAGAAAGCUUUAGUGAGGAAAAUAUUAUAUUAAUGUCUUGCAUUUUUAUAAUAUUGACGUCAUACAACAAUCUCAGUCGUCUUCCUUCAUCAGAGCAGUCUUUUGCUGCUGUGAAAUCUGACCAUAAUGUUCUGAAUCACAGAGGCAGUUCUAGGUUUCGGACACCUUGCAAACAGGAGGUUCUUGAUUCUACUGCAAACUGUUCCAGGCGUGGAGUCAUAGCAAGAUUUAAAAAGAACAGGAAAUUGCAUAAGGAAGUCUCUGUUGGUUGUUUACUAGUAGCCAAUGCCACUGAAGUAAACAACCAUACUGGCAGUACAGAGCUUCUUUUGUCAUAUAGUCCAGCAGCACUGGAUUCAACUUAGGAGUUGAAUUCAGCGAGAGAAGCCUAAGGGAUAAGGGAGCUUUUCAUGUGAAUUUGAAAACUGGAGCAAAAUGCAGCAGUUCUGAUCACAGUUAGGAUCUUUUUUAAACCGAGAAGUUGCAUUUGCCAGUAUCACUCUGUAACCAGAGCAAGAGAAGUUGCAAAACAAAAUUUAAAAAAAACAACACCCAAGCCUCCCCCCCAUACUGUAGAGUGGAGGUGUUUUACAGUUUUCUCAAGAGUCUUUGGAGCAAGAAACCUGUGAUGGAAAAAGUCAGGUUUCUCAAUGCAGUAUGACGUCAAGAUGGGGAAGAGAGGAGUUCCUCAACAAGAGAGCGUACGAUACAGUGGACUUUUUCAGUUCUCCAGCCAUUGCCACCUCUUUAUUAAAAAGAGAAAGAUUUGCAGACUGCCUUGAAAAAACACUGAAUUAGAUUGCAGAAUUAGAUCAAAUGAUGAUAAUACAGAAGCGCUUUCCUCAGUAGAAGGUACUGGUGAUAGUUUCACAUUUUUCUCCAAGCAUAUGUAAACAUCUGGAUCCACUAGACAUCAUCCUUCUGCAGGUCUAAUGCUUUAUCAGGAAAGGGAAAAAUCAUGUUUUCACUAAGUCACAAAAAUUCGAUGAGGUAAACUGUAUUCAGAUACUACUUAAUUCAUCUUAUUUCUUUAAAAUGAAAGGUGAUUCAGACACUGAAUGUUCUAGAGUGCCAUGAAGUAAUCCAGUGCCAAAAAACAAGAAAAAAUAUCAGGAAUUUAAUAAGACUAAAACAUCCUUCUUACUCCACUGCUGAGCAAACUAAAAGGAGUGUAUCUACACACAUUCUCUGGACGUCCUUAUGACUGUCUUAUUAUUUCAGUGUAGUAGAAUGUAGUGAGUGGGCUGGGGAAAAAACAUAUUCUUCUCUGGAAAUUUUGAAACUUCUAAUAGGGUCUUAGUGAAAUACUCAAGUUGUGUUACUUUUCAUAGUCUGAAGACCUCUAUAUUCGGAUAGUAAGGACAUACGUGUUUUCCAGUGUCUGACAUGACAGUUUUAAAAAUUGCAAAUAAAUAUACAAGAAAGGAUAGUGUAUUAAAAGCACUUUGUUCAAUUCAUAAAAUACAGUAACUUCAGACUCCUGUUUAUGUAGAUCUGUCAGAUUUUACUUUGCUGGUGAAAGGGAACUUACGUACUUUCUGAUAUGUUAAAAAUAGAUAGGAAGGCAACAUGGGGAUCCAGAUAAAGGAGCAAUGGAGGAGUGUAGUUUCAUAGCUCUGGUAUUGCAAUCUCAAUCCAGUUUUGUCUGCCUAUUGCAUUUAUAAUAUAUUAGUUUGUAUACUGUGGCAAGUAACAUGUUCCUUAAGCUACUGCUGAUUUAUGUGCAUUGUUUGUAUAUAGAAGAAAUACAGAAUAUCUAGGCUAGCAUAGUCACCGUGGCCAGAAAACCAACUUUUGUAAUGAUCUCAUUACAAAUUUACUUUUUGUAAUAAACUGUAUUGUUUUUAGUCUAAACAAAUAACAUAAUGUGCUUUUUUAUUAUUUAAAAUGAGAUACAAGUACCUAAAGUAGCAAGGCUGUCCUACAAGGAGCUAGCAUCCUGCAUUGACAGCUAUUCAGGUAAGACAUGUUAAAAAGUUGCAGAUUUAGUUAUGUGGUGAUGACAGAAGUGUUCUGAAUUAAACAGUUAAAGGUGAAGGUAAAACAGGGGGAAUGGAGAUGGCAAGAGAAGGUCUUUUUGAAUGGGAAAAGUUGCUGUCAAAGUGCAAAAAAGGUGUUGGCAUUCUUACAUCUCUAUGCUUCUUCUUGCUUCUGCUGUGUCAGCUUAUCUGCUUAUUACUUUUGAUCCACUUCUGAUACAGUUGUUAUGCAGAGAUAAUGUUUUACAUUUGUUGUAUAGCGAUGUUUUCAGGGUGGAGACCCUUCCUUUGUUCAGUUAGGCCGUAACAUAAUGGGAUUUGGAUGUUCAGGUAUUCUUGUAAUAAGGAUGCUUAAGGAUGUAUUCCACUAAAAGAUUCAUUUGACUAAAAGAAAAUAGAUGCUUAAAACAAGUCCUAUUUGCUAUAAGGUAUUUUUUCCAAAACAAUCAGUGUUCUUGUAAAUCAUCUUUCUUUAUUCGGACUGACUCAUUAUAUUGAACAUGAAUUAUAAUUAUCAGCUUAUUUUCUAGGUAAGGUAUCGAUGUGUUGAUGUUUCUUCUUUUGGGGAAAGCACACUUAUUUUUUUCUCUGUCAGGUAGGGCUCAUGUGAAUGAACUCUCCUUCACUUUUUUGCUUCACUUUUUUUUAAGUUCUGAUGAAAUGAGAGUCGUAAAAAACUGUGGGUAUUGGUAAUAUUGAGAAUUAGAAUUUUUUGUGUGUGAGACUAUUGCAAUGUUGAGUCAAAUUAAUUCAGUGAAUGAACUAUGAAUAAAAUUUCUUCCUAUAAGA